UGCAUAUACAUUUUUUUUCUAACUUGCUUUUUACUCCUCCUCCAGUUUUCCUCUCUUCUUCUUGGCCUAACGAACCAUGGAUUUUGCAUCCGCGCCACUUCAGGCGCUGUUCUCCCAAAAUGCAGAUCUAGAUCAACUCACGACGUUCCUAACGCAACUCGAGCGACGCUACCGAGAAACGGCCGAAGACGAAAAGGAUCGAUUUGGUGCAUUGCAAAUCUUGCUGCCCGCCCUGAAAGCUCACUUGCUCCGUGUCUCGAGCGAUGCUGAACGCGAAAAAGUGCUGGGAACAUACCUACAACCACUGCUUAUGAUCAGUUUUCGUCACGAUUCCAUGAUUGCCACGGAAAGCGUCAGUUUGUUGAGCGAUGCCGUUGCCUACUGGAUGGCCCGAUCGAUCUUGCGAGACAAUAAGGAAGAUACGUUUGACGACGAAGAACAAGAACAAGAAGACGGGUUUGGUCGGUUCAAUUUGGUUUUGUUACUGGGUCAACUGUUGACUGUCAUGGAGGCAGAGCCGGAUUUCGUCGAUUUGCACCCGAUCCGAUUUAUCCGCGCGUGUCUAAGCAGUGGCGGUAGUAGCGAUGGUGAUCAUCUCAACGACUCACAGAAUGAAGAAUGGAAACUGCUUCAGUCGAAGGUUGCGUUGAAACGACGAUCGGAUAUUCGUAUGGUGACGGCGUCAGUGCUGGACGAGGAUAUGGAUGACAGUUCGAGCAUGAUCAGCAGCACGACGUUCAACACCACGACAUCGUUAGGUAGCUCCAAAUCGGCUACGACAUUGGAUCUCGAAUGUUGUAUCGACGUGAUUAAUCGUUAUGUUCUGGAAUUGGCUGGAGACAAGGAGGAAUUGAAAAAGGAUGAGGCGUAUGGCUGGAUGGAUGUGAUUAUGGCAAUCGCAGUAGCGAUGCUUCCUUGCACCGACGCGCCGAUCCGUGCUAAACUGACAAACGAAUUGAUUCCAAACGUGUACCGAUGGCAGCAACAGCAAAGUUACGAAUCUGUUCCUCUCGAGAAGCGAAAGCACUGGGCUGAGAUGUUGUGGAAGCGCACGCGACAAAUUUUCGAACUGCCAGCAACAAACCUUUUACGCUCGGAAACCUAUGGCUUGAUUGCGAGAUUCUUUGAACUUUACUUUGUGGUUGAUCAGGACGAGCCUGUUGUUUACCUUGAUCUUCGUUAUGACGAGGACUUUUUUAAAAUUCUCCAGAGCGGACUCCGCAGUAAUGAAAGUCUUUAUCGCAAGUACUCGUCGUAUAUCUUGAAACGAAUCAUUGAUUAUACGAGCAAGUACCCUGAGAUCAAAAGCAGCACCAAGCCUUGGACAAAGUAUUUUGAAUGGUCGACGGAAAAGUCGGAUGUGUAUAUAACGCAAUGGGCCGACUGGUUCCUACUAUAUGAAAUCAUGCACGAAACCGUGAUUCAUUUGGUGGAACCUGUACUGCCAAAAUUGGAAGUUUUAUUGCUCAAUGCCGAAACCAACAUGGAUGCGUCGUGGUGGAUUCUCUUGUUUUAUCGAGGCUUUCAAAACGAUAUGGGCUCUGUCAAGAAGGGUAUCCUCGAGUACGUUUUCGGCUUGCAGAAUCCCAAAUCCCUUAGCUUACUGGCUGGUCAAAGCGAUUUUAUCUUUGGCACUUUGCUGAAAUCCAUCGAUGUGAUCGGUAUGUACUCGGUGCCUACCCAGGGAACACUUGUGAGUCCUUUUGGUGAAAAACUCAAGGACUUCAUGCACAGAUUGGUUCAGUCUAUCGAAUCAAACGAGCAAAAGGCUCAAUUUUUAAGCCAGUUGCUGCAUCAUAUUGCACAUGUGGUCAAUGGAUACGUGCCUAUCUUGUACAUCAUGGAGGGUAUUGUGGAUAUCGAUCCCAUUCCUGCUUGGGGAUCUGACGAACUGCGAACAUUGAGAUAUUUGGUGGAUCGUCAUCGCAACUUCCACCUAGUGAAAACGAGACUAUAUUUACGAAAGCUUGGUAUUCAAGCCGUUAUCAAGUUUGCCAAUCCCGAAGCCUUAUCAUUUUCUGAUGUUGCAAAAACGGUUUCUUCAUUGAUCACUGAUAACGCCAUCAAAGCAAAGGGUGAGGUUUAUAAGAGCCUUCGCACAUGGCUGGAACAGAAUGUUUCAAAAGAUAAGACUCUCGAUAGUUUGCUCGCAUCUUUAAAGGAACGAGUCGAGGCGUAUAUUAGCACGACAGCAUCUAAUGAAGAAGACAUUCCCAUGAGCUUGUUACGAAAUCAAGCAAACGUAUUAGCCCGAAUGAGUGUGUUUUUGAUUACUAACAAUGAUGGCGAACCACAAAAGAAACAAGCAUCUCAGCUCUUCGAGGCAUUGACAAAGAAGCUCAAUGAUAAUUUGAGCUCUGUCACCUUUCUUAAUAGAUUGCUUAUCUUGGUUGAUUCUUUAUGGAAUGUCUAUGAUACCACGUUUGAAGGAUGUGACGGCUUUGCGGAUUUGAUUGGUAUCGAUAACAUCCAACAAAUAGUAAAGCAAAUCGAUGACCAAUGGAUCAACCUUGAAAAGGAGAAUGUCACUGAGGAAUUGCUAGUAGACUUGUUUGUUUCGAUGUCAAAGCACAUUCUUGUUUCAAGCACCUGUUUUGAUAAUGCUGCUUCUCGGGAACAACUAUUGAAGGAACAUCAUGGCCGUUGCAUGGAACUCUUGCGCGCUAGACGCUCACCAACCGAUGCAAAUCAAGAGAUGGCAAGGGAAGGCCACCUUCGCCUGCUUGCUGUAGUUUACGAGGCAGCACGACGCCAUUCGUAUCUGGAACUCAGCUAUGAUCAACCCACUGCAGAUCUACUUUGUCAAGUUCAAACCAAAAAGACGCAUGAAGCUUUACAACAAGUUAGAAAUUGGGGUGACACGAUUUCUGCAUUUAUCCGAUGCAAGUGGAAAUGCGUGCAACAACUGAUGCUUUACACUUCAAUGGUUUUGAAAGAAACAGAUAGUGCUGCCUCUAGAAACAACAUGUUCGAUCCUGAAAGUCUUUUUGAAGCCGCUGUUGAAGAACUUGAAUGUGCAUCCGAACUCUGUGCAGCAGCAGUCAUCAACAGCGUUGGAACAAUCCUUAGUCUUCGAUGGAAGAAAUCGGUAGAGAUGAUGCAUACUGCGGUGGAAUACACCAUUGCGUUGAUCGAGGAAAAUUUUACACAAUCCAAGACAUCGCCGCCAAUGAUGCGCGCUCUUGUGGACAUGAUCUUCCAGCCCGAGGUUUUGUUGGAUGAAACAUUGAUGAUGACGGAUGACGGACCUGUCAAAAAGGUGCUGAACUAUAUCUUGGAGAUCGGCGAGCUGAAACCUUAUGUCGUGACACAAUGUGCAACAUUACUCCAUACCUUUUGGACAACAAAGGAUCAAAACGGUGCUACCAAAGUCGCAGCCGACAAAUCCAUGCUUUAUUAUGCUCCCGAAAUUGUUCGAUUUUUGGUCUAUGGUCCUUUGCGCGACCGUGAAGAUCAAAAGUUGGAAGCUGCUACAGCUGUUAAGCUCCAGGAUCCACAAACCAUCCGUGAAUCAGAAGAUUCCGUUGCCAUGAAUUUCACUCAAAACGAUUACAUGGCGCGUGUAUAUAUGAACGAUUUAAUAUUGCGAUUGAACAAGGACAAUGAUUUGCACGUGCAGUUAGCUGAGCGUCUCAUGGAUCUAAUUUUGGACAAGUUAACUGAUAGUUCCUUAGUCAACAACCAUUUUCCGCACACCAUUGAGCAUCGUACCAAGAUUCGCUUGUGGUGCUCAAUGCUGCUUUUACAUCGAUAUAUUUGUGAGGAAAAAGCCGAACAUUACGUUACUCAUAUCUGGUCCACGAUUCGAGGGGAAACAUCAGUGUCAGUUCGCUGUUACAGCGAAUGGCUUUUGGCACGACUGUUCCGCCAGUUCCCAAGUCAAUUAAAUACUUUGUAUAGUGCAAUGCAAGUUCCAGAUGUAGCACCACAUUAUGUUGUAUCCUAUCUUACCAUCACCUUUUCUUUGGGAGAUAUUCUUGAUGACACAUCUGCCAGAGAUUACUUUGAAGAGAUCUUUUCACGAAUCAUGCCUUGGUUAACGUCCAACAACUUUACGGUUCGCUUGUACGCAUACAGUGCGUGGUUCCGAAACCUAAAUGCCUGUCGAGCAAGAGGAUUAAAUCCUGACUUAGAAAAGAAUCGAUACAUGGCAUCCCUUGUCACCUUUAUGGAACAAUACGUCGAUACGAUCAACUUUGCUGAAAAGAUCAAGUCCAACUUUUAUAUGACCGAGUUCAAUCCACUUGAAGAUUACAAUUUGGAAUUCAUCUUUAGACAGAUGAUGUCCGUCUUUGACGUCCUUGAGAACGAAAAAAUCGCAUCGCGAGCAUUUAUGAAGGUCAAUCCUGAAUAUGUGGAAUCAUGUCCGUUCGAGAACCCUCAUCGACGAAACAUUGUCAAGUUUUCCGAUUCUAUCAACAUAGAGGAAGAGGAGGAAAAAGACAAGUCAGACGAAAAGAAGGAACAAGCAGUGAAUGAAGAUGUUUCAUAUCAAAAGAAGAUCAUGCCAUGGGAAAUGAUGCUUGAAACCGAUGUUGAACUUACCAAAGAUCUCGUCAAGUCCAAGCGGCGACGUAACGAUCUAAUUGUAGUUGCAAGUCUUGUGGAUCGUGUGCCCAACAUUGCUGGUCUGUGUCGAACAUGCGAAAUCUUUAAUGCGUCAUUGCUUGUCGUCAACAAUAUCAAGAUGAAAGAAGAUUUUGGCUUUACUAAUAUCAGUGUUGCAUCAGAACGCUGGAUGCCGAUGCUUGAAGUUGGUGAAGACGACGUUGCGUCAUACCUGGAAACAAAGAAACAAGAAGGUUACGUUCUUUGUGGUCUAGAACAAACGACGACGAGCGCAACAUUGGGCGAGUUUGAGUUUCCGGAAAGAUGUGUUCUAUUGCUGGGCAAGGAACGUCAAGGUGUUCCGGCCAAUCUGUUACAAAUGCUCGAUCAAACAAUUGAAAUCCCACAGCAAGGUAUCACACGAUCGUUGAAUGUCCAUGUCAGUGGCGCUAUUUGUAUUUAUGAAUACGCCAAACAAAUGCAGUGGCGUCAACAUGGAUUACAAACAAAUGCUACUGUGGCGGCAUCUGCUGCUGCUGCUCCCCUACAAUCUUCUUCUCCUUCCGUAUAGUUCUACAUGUAUUCUUCCUAUAUAUUCUCUCAAUGCAUGAAUGUAUUUUAUACAACAUUUUUAAUUGGUCAUCACAAAAGAACCUAUCAUACAUACACACACUCUCUCUCUCAUCUACGUUAUAGAAAAAAGACAUAUCAGACCCUGAUAAAUAUUAGUUUGUUUGUUUUUUACAAUCAAGAACAGAACGCGACACUUUAUACAGAAAUUUGGAAUAUAUGAAAAAAAGGAAUCAUCAAUUUAGAAUAAAAUCUAGCUUUGCCUUGCUGCUCUUUUUCCGCUGCUGCUGCUGCUGCUGCUGCUGCUGCUGC